AAAUAUUUGACUAUAAAUCAGGUAGCUCUUCUUUAUAGUUUUUUCAAUCUACCUACCGAAUUAAAUUGAUUCCCUUAAGGAAGAAAUGGAUUUGGAGCAGAUAGUCCGCGAAGAGCUCACUUGUCCAGCAUGUUUCAACUUCAUGGCCCCGCCGAUAAAAAUGUGCACGAGAGGUCACUCGGUGUGCAACGACUGCCUGCACCGGGUCACCAUCUGCCCCAAAUGCAGAGGAACGAUGAGCGCCUGCAGAAACUUCGCGCUCGAGUCCAUCCAUUCGAAGAUCGUCGUGCCGUGCAAGUACCAGGCGAUGGGCUGCGAGUACGAAUGCCUGGGCGAAUCCAUGGGCAAACACCAAGCGUUUUGCAAUUACACCAAAACGAUAUGCCCUUUCGCCAACUACGACAACUGCAAGUGGAAGGACGCGCUGGUCAACUUGAGGUUGCAUUUGCUGGAGAAGCACGCCAACAAUUUCUACGUGAGAGACAAGCAGAAAUUCGUGUCGCAAAAAUUCGCAAACAUCCAAGCUUAUCAUUACAUUUUCGCUGUUAUGUAUUACUUCGAACAUUUCUUUAGAAUCACUUGGGAGUGCAGCGAAGUUACAGGUUUGACACGUUGGGCAGUAUAUUUGAUGGGCUCUCCCGAGGAUGCCAAGAAGUACGCAUACAAGCUGGAAUUUACAAGGGGUCACCUAGUGGAACCGAACGCGAUUCCUCUGUCUUAUAAAUCAGUCUGCGAUUCCAUGCCCCAAAAAUCGAGAGAUUUAUUCAAGGACCACUCCGGAUUUUACAUUCACAAAAGCGAGUUGGAUAAAUAUUGCACUAAUAACGGCAACUUGCAUUACAAGAUAACGAUUUAUUCGUUGGAAGGAGACGAAGAUUCGACGAAGUGCGAUGCUGCUGCGGUUGUGGCGGCUUCGCCUGACAAUACACAAACCGAUGUGGUAAAUAAUAGCAAAUGACUUUCAUCGGUGCAAAAACUUUUAUUCAAUGCAGUAGUAUCGAUGUAGCUAUACAGUUUGUUUAUAUGUUUUGUAUACAUUAAAAUGCCCUGUUUUCGUUCGAUAGAGCUAGUAA